UUGUCAAUUUAUUGGGUAUUUGGUUCACUAAAUACAUAUUUUCCUAUUUUUUUCAAACGUCACACAAAAUUUUUUCCCAAUAUUUUUUGAACUUUUUUUCUUUCUUCUUUUUUCAAUUUUUAGUAUUUCAAAAUAUAAGGAAAUCUUUAGGUAUCUGGAACCGAUAACCGAAGAUUUUCCAGGGACCCCCAACCUUAAUAAAUUAAUAAGUAUUCCCCGUUGCUUCUCGAUGAGCCGAAUCGAACAAAAAUAGGACCCCCUGUCCUAUUUUGGGAAACAAAAAAGACUGAUUUGGAAUGAAACAUUCUAAGAAAAAAGGAUGUCUAAAUGCCCCCCCCCCCCUCUAAAAAUUUGUAUUUUUUUUAAUUUUUACGUAAUUUUGUAUUUUCUUUUUUCUAUUUUAAGCUCAUUUAAACAAUAAAAUUCUCCAAUUUUAAUUAAUUUUAUUUUUUUUCUGUUAAAAAAUUCAACUAAAAAAAUUUUUUUUUAUUUUUUGCACGCAACGCCUAUUUUUGUUUGGCUAAUAAAAUUUUGGAAAGAGAUAGAGGAGAGAAGAUAUAUUUUCCUUAAUGGAAUUUUAGGCAAAAAAAUAUUUUUGUGUGUGUGGGAAUAACAACUAGCCCCAACAAACAGUCCUCGCAUUUUUUGCCUUUCCUUCCGCCGCCUCGUGGCCCUUUUAUUAAAGUGGCCCUUAUUUUAAAGACUUUUUUUGGGCAUUUUUUAUUGAGUAUAUUAUACACACAAAUAAAAGUUUUUUUUCGUUUUUAUAUGACGUAAAUGUAAAUAUUUUUGUUAUUUUGUCCAAAAUCUCUAUCGUAUUAUGUAUGUUCCCUUCACAUUACGUGUGGGCUGGAAGGAACAUCACCUUAUUUAACUAAUUCUAUAGUUGUCUUGUAGGGGGACCUUUCUAUUGGAGAGAAGUCUUCUAUUAGAUUGUUUGUUUUGUUAACAUUCAACAUCUUUGUGUAUUAUGUUCCUUUCACACUACUUGUGGGCUGAAAGUUCGUCCGGCGCCUAAUUUUGGUGUCAUUUGACUCAGCUCGACGGGCUCUUUCGAAUGACAUACCAAUCGACCUAUCGUCGUCUGUGUCGUAUACCGAACUUUUUCCGAGAGCCUUUCUAUUAAAUAUUCUUCUUUUUAACAUCCAAAACCUUUCAUGUUCCCUUCACACUACUUGUGGGCUGGAGGGAACAACAUCUUAUGUAAUUUCGCUCCUGCUGAAAAAACUCCGUUUCCGAAUUUUUGUUUUUGUUAACGGGCCUUCGAGAAAGCAUUAAACUUAAUUACGUAAAUUUUCCUGUUAAAAUAACAGGAAAAUAAAAACAAAAAAAUUGAGGGAAUAAGGGAGGAGGGACAUAAAAUUAAGGUAAAGGGUAGAAGAGCACUUACUUCUUCUAAAAAAGAAUAUAAAAUUAUUAUAGUUAAAUAUAAACAAGCCAAUUUUCUCUUAUUUUCUUCCUCAUUUUGUCGAAUAGAAAGUUUUUUCUUUCAAAUUUUUUUUUUCAAUUUUUUGUCCUAUAAACAACCUCUUCUAUCUAUUUUGUAUUAGCACCUAAAGACUUUGUUUGUGUGUAUUUGAAUAAUUGAGUUUGCGGGAAAGGAAGACGAGAGGAGGAUGGAGAGCUUGAAGGCAUUGUUAAAUAUUCCUCUUUGUUUUAGUCCUCGUCAUUAUUUAUUCCAAAUUUGGAAAGAAAAAAAUUUUUUUGGGAAGGUUGUAAGUGGGAGAGGGGGGGGGGGUAUUAGCAAUAAAUAGCUCUCCUUGAAAUUAUUUUUUUUAUUUUUAAAGCUCAAAUACCACAUUUUUGUGCAAAAAAUCCUCCUAUCAUUUCCGUUAUUCUCAAUUUUCUUUUUUGAAUUUUUUUUUGGAUAAUAAAAAAUAUUUUGGGUGUAGAUGACAUUACUAUAACAUUCCAUCUCGUUAUAAAAAUCAUUUUGGACUGUUCCUUCAUCUUAUUUUUGUGGACAGAACGAGCAUCAUUUUCACUGGGUACAGCACAAAACAACGCGCGGCCAUAAAAACGCAAAGCCAUAACUGGCUGGAAAUUUCUGGCCCCUAUUAAAUUCGGUACCAAUCUCUUUAGCUCUUUGAGAGGAAUCGUUUAAUACUAAAUUUGUUAAAAUUCGGAAAUCUUGAAGCAAGUUAUGGCUUUGCGAUGUUAUGUCCGUGCGUUGUUUUGGGCGUGUCCCAUUUUCACCAUGUUCUCUUCACACUACAUCAGGGCUGGAGGGAACCUUUUGAAAAAGAGACCAAACUCUCUAUCUCGAAGAAUCUCGAUUCGGAUUUUUAUUUUGAUUUCGUCUCGGUCCAGUGCUCCUUUACUCUACAACGGUCUUUAAGUAACACCUAUUGUUCGAAUCAUUUUAAUUUAUCCUGUGAAUUAAUUAUUGUUUACAGCUCUAUUUAACGCUGUCGAUGACUAUGCUAAUAUCACUUUUGUGUUAAAUAAAAUAAUUUAUUCAUUACAUAUCCCAUUUAUUUUAUUUUUUCGCUCAUUAUACAUAAUUUUCUUUUAUUAACUACUUGAGGCAUUUUUUAAAAAUUAUUUUUCUAGAAAAAAAAUUUUUCAACAAUUUUUACAUAAAUGGAAAUUUAUAUAUUAAGUAAAUAAGGACAUUCACUCUCUCUUUUUUUUAUUAUUAAUUUUUUCUCUCUUCAAUUUCAAAGAAUUUUUACUCGGCUUAUUUAAGGCUGUAUAUAUUUAUGCUUUAGCUUUCUUUUUAGUGUCAGC